UCCGUACAAUAACAUUCUUUAACGCCUUUGAGGGUCUUGGAACUUGGUAUUUUGUGUUCUCUUGGUGCAAGUAAGAACUCUAUUGAAUUUGAGGUCAACGGUCACCAAAGUAAGUGCACAAACUCGCGGACGGACAUUUGACCUCAAAUUCAAUAAGUUUAAAGACCUUAGAAUCAUGUCUAUCGUGCGCACAACAUACGGCCAGACAGAUGAACAGAGGGAUAACGACACGGGUCCUUAAUAAACAUAGAUCUGGCAUGUUGUACACUGUACAGUGUUAUAUCACUCAAAUCUGAUAAUUUGAAUGCGAGACGCAACAUAAUGUGAAUUUGAUUUUCCAUGAUGAGAGAACCUUUUAAAAGAUAGAGCUAAUCGUAAUUGAAGUACUGAGAGUGAUAGAAAUAGAUGGCACCGUCUUUUGAGCUAUAUUGUUGUAUCUAGUUAUAUCUAGAUCUUCAUAACUGAGAACUUCCAAUAUGGACAAACUUACCUUCAAAGCUGAUAAAAAUGAACUAUUAAUCUAGUCGUAAAGGUGUGACAUGAUGAGUAUAAUUGUCUUAUUACUGAUAACAGCAAUUGAGUUAUUGUUUUAAUAUGCCAAGAGAUUAAGUGCGCCUAUUCUUAUGCUAAUUGAGUUGUGGAGUGGCUCUAGAUUGAACCUCAAAUGUCGAAAAUUAGAUUUGAUGGUAGUGUAGCGGUAAUUACUGGUACCAAUGCGGGUUUUGGGCAACCAUACGCUUUGUUGUUUGCAUCCAGAUGUUCAAAAGUUGUUAUAAACGAUAUGGACGAUGAUCUUCAUGGACCAAGUACGGGCUAUAAAGCAGCAGAUGUUGUUGAUAAAGAAAUUAAAGAAGCAGGUUGUACCACUGUGGCCAAUUAUGUUUCCGUAUCCGAGGUGGCGAAAAUAAUUAAAACAGCCCUAGAUACCUAUGGGCGGAUCGAUAUACUUGUAAACAAUGCUGGUAUUCUAAGAGAUAGAAGCUUUGUAGACCUCUCUGAAGACGAUUGGGAUGUAAUUCAGAUUGGGCAUUUAAAGGGAAGCUUCAAAAUACCACAAUCCGCAUUUCGAGUUAUGAAAAAGCAAGGAUAUGGUCGAGUUACUAUAACAUCUUCGGGUUCGAGUCUUUCUGGCAGUUUUGCCACUAACAGGCUUACACAAGAUAUUCUUCCUGAAGAAUUGUACCAAGAUUUGAAAUCGGAAUUGAAUGUACCCGUUAAUUAUUUAUGUCACGAAAGUUGUCAAGAGAACGGAUCAAUAUUAGAAUCGUCUGGAUGCAGCACUGGGAAGCUUCAAAUAUGUCGUUCUAAAGGAGAAGAAAAACCCACUCCCUUUAGGGAAACCGACAUAUUUACAUUUUCUUCUAAAGAUAUUGUUCUGUAUGCAUUGGGAGUGGGAGCAUCCCUUCAAAAUGAAGAGGAUCGAAAUUUAUUGUACGAAAAUCACCACAGCUUCAGAGCUAUUCCGUCCUUUUACAUUUUACCUGGUAAUCAAGCGACUAUACCUUUUCUAUUAACGCAAACAAUUAAUGGAACAAAACUUUCUUUCGAAAAUUCACUUCACGGUGAACAAUACCUGGAGAUCUACGAAAGCCUUCCUGAGGCUGGUACAUUACUGAGUAUUCCGAAAAAGGUGGAGGUAUUGGAUAAGGGAUCUGGUGCCUUAGUUGUCGUGGAGAGUAACUGUUACAAUGAGCAAGAUGCGAUAAUUAUGCGAAAUCAGUAUGUUUUAUUUGCCGUUGGAGCUGGCAACUUCGGUGGGCCCAGAACUAGCAAGCACAUCGUGCCCUGUCUGCCCAAACCAGCCCGUAAACCCGACCUAUCCCUAACGUACAAAACAACAAUAGACCAAGCAGCGCUUUACAGAUUAAGCGGCGAUUUUAAUCCAAUCCAUAUCGAUCCCAAUUUUUCUACGCUCGUCGGAUAUGACAAACCAAUACUGCACGGAUUGUGUACGUUGGGUAUAUCGGUUCGUUUAAUAAUGGGUGCGUUCGCGUCUAACGACCCGGAGCUCUUUAGGGCUGUUAAAGCACGAUUCGCGGGAGUGGUGGAACCGAGCCAAACGUUAAUUGUCCACAUGUGGAGAAGUGGAAAUCGAGUUCAUUUUGAAACGGUCGUUGUUGAAAACGAUACUGCUGCUAUUAUAGGAGCUUAUGUUGACCUAAAGGCUAUAUCAAGAAACGAAUAAUACAAUAGUUACUUAAGAGCCGAACUCCGCAGGGAAGCUUUUCUCGUUUUCUUCAUCAAGAAGAAUUUGCAAUAUUUGAAACAAAAAAUUCAUGUAUAUCUGAAAAGUCGGGAAACCGCAGCAAGGUACACGUUUUGGAACCCGACGACUAGAUGGACGGUUAAGUACGAAACAGCCUUGAAUUCAUUACUUAGUUAUUAAAGCAUUCAGAAGAAUUGAAUCCACAAGCCUUUCUACAGCCAUGUAUUAUAUCAAAAAUACUGUGCAAAACAAAUGUUAAAGCACUGAUGACGGAGGGUAUAGAUACUAUGUGUACGACAAUUUUCAAAUAUACAGAAAGAAUUUU